UUUAGUUGUGGUGUCUUCAUCUUGCAUGGACCGAAUGUGUCUGGACUGGGAGUUGGACUCAACAAUCCUUGUGACUUCCUUGCCACUUGAAAUAGUCUAGAAUUGCCAGACUGGACCACAGUCUGCUCUCAUUUCUUUCCUGCUUCUUGCAGCAUGGUUUGGGCAGUUGGCAGCAAGCACAGAUGGAGGAGGGCCUCGAAUGUAUUCCUCAGAAUAGAUGUGUUGGGAGUGGAGGGCACGUUUUCAGGGAAAAUGCCGUGGGUUUAGGUUGGUAUGUAUUUCUGGGUGGAUCAUGGUGUUGAGUGAGAGGUAUUCCUUGGGGGCCAACGCCUCUGAGUAUGGAAGUUGUUGCUGUGUUUUUCUGGCAUAGCUUUCCUGUCACCCUUGUUUUGAACACUUCUCUAAGGCUUCUGUAAUGUUCUUGAUAUUGGAGUCCCAAUUUUUACUUUUUCACUGUUCGUUCUAUAAACGAUUGCAAUGAUUUGCUGUCUUUCAUUGUUUACAUAUUUCUAAGAGGGAGGAGAAAGUUGAUUACCAGUAGGGUUGACCAAUGCGGUUUGAGAGGUGGAAUUCCAUCCUCUGAUCCACAGGCCCAUAAGAAAUAUAUAAAUUGAGUUUUGAAAAUAAACUCGGCCCUUUUUCUCCUGCUUUGCACACCUGUGUGUGCUUGUGUGGUUCUUUUCGUGUCAUCGGUGACACUCACCUGCCUGAGAGGAGAAGCAAGAGCUUGUCAUUCAUCAAGCAGGUGGAACAUGAGUUAGGAAGAAUAGCUCUUCAUUGAAAUACGUGAAGAAUUCUUAGGAACUGUGGUUGCACUGUGCAUUUUCAGUGUUCGUGGCAGAACGGUGUGCUGGGCUGGGAUGCAUUGGAGUUCCAAAUGGAGAGAAUUCCGUUGAAUAUUUGUGAGUAUUACAGCCUGUUUGCACUGAUGCCAAGGAACUUGGGGACUGAUGUUCUGAUUCCAAGGGAGGUGUAUUCUUUUUCUGGUGUAGUACAGCUGUUCUUUGUCACGUUUUUGCCUUGCUGUGUUAUUUGCUGGUCCAGGGUGGGACUGGAGUGUGAGGAGUGUGGCUUUGUUCCUGAUGGGGAGGGAAGGGGAGAGGAGGUGUAGGGACAAUCUCUGUAUUUGACUUUUUCUGGAGGAAAUCAGGACAGUGGUUCCUCAUCAGGAGGCCUGUAAGGUCCCCAUGAGCACUCCCAUCAAAGGGCAGGUCUCUGAUGCAGGAAGGGGAUGAUGUAGACAUUUAGAAAACAUUUUGGUAAAGGGAAAAUAAAAAGUAUGGAUGCAAAAGAAGAAUCAGUGAGUGUAUUGUGAGCCAUGAAAGAGAAAGAAAAGAAAGUUAAGUAAAGGACUAAAAGAAGAGAUAGGCCAAGUUGUCUCUGCAAGUAAAAAAUCAAGUUAGGAAGAAAGAGAGCAAAAAGGAAAGAAGAGAUGACAGAGGAGAUUAUAUGCACACACCAACAUUAUCUCUGCAUGCACCAACAUUAUCUCUACAUGCUCUGUGCAGUCGAGGACCUCUGUAUCCUCGGUACUGAGGAACGCUGAACAAGCCUCGAUGAGAAGUGAUGAGGAACAGGAAUCAGAGGGGUUUUGUAAUGGUGUGGCUGCACUCCAUGGUGAGAAUGAUGUAGUCAUGUAGAAAAUAGUGUAUUAAAAUAGAAAGAGAGUAGGAAUGGAGGGAAGAAGGGACAGCGAAGGAAGGAGAGAGAAGAGAAAAAAGGAAAAGAAAAAUUGAAAGGAAUUAAAAAGCAGUGGAGAGAGAAAAAAGGAAAGAUGAAAUAAUAAAUUAAUUUGCAGGAUACAGCGAUUUUAUCUCUGUAAACAAAAAGAUGGGAUGAGGUGGGGGAGAGAGAAAAAAAAAGAAGAGAAGAAUAAAGGAAGGCUGGUGAGAAAGAGGAGAAAUAAUGAGGGGGUAAGUAAAGGAGAAUACCUGGAUACACCGACGCUCUCUUCUAACGCUGAGUGAAGUUGGUCUCCUGUGAUCUCCCAUUCGCUGCUGUCCCUUGCGGAGGAGAUGAUGCCCCGUAAUUGGAGCUCCUGGCUCCGUCAUGGAGUGCCUCGAUCGCGGCGUCCGAGGUCACUGGCAGCGUUGGAGCAGAGUUACAAAAUUUAAAAGAAUAGUAAUAAAAGUGAAAGAGCACUGAAAAUUGGACAUGCGUUGCAAGAAAAAGGAAGAGAAAGAAGAAGGAAGUAAAAGAGAAGGAAAAACAAAGAGAUGGAGGCGGCAAAAAAAAAAAAAAAAAGGUAAAAAGAAAAGAAAAACGUGAAAAAGAGAAUGUAAAACGAUUAAAAAUACCGAACUGGAACAUAAGAGAAGAGAGAUGGAAAAAGUAGAAUAAAGAAGAAAAGGAAUAUGAGGAAGUACGUUGAAAAAAAGAAAAAAAAAGGAGAGAGAAGCAGAGAGAGAGAUACAGAGAGAGAGGAGCAGGACACAGCAGAGGAGAUGUCCAUGACGGAGAGAAGGCAGCGGCGCUGUCCGGAGCUGACCAGCACGCACCGACCGUGUCUGUAGACAUUGAGCGGAUUUGGUUCCUAAAAGCCUUGGUUAGAGCAGCACUCCAUCAAUGACAUUCUGUAAUUAGCGAUGAUGGUUCUGCAUUUCACGACCUGCGCGGUGCCAGAGAAAACUGACGACCUUCCAGUGCGGCUAAAGAAUGCAGGAUGGUGGAUGGAGAUGGGAAACGAAUGGAAAGAAAGGAGACUGGCAUAACAAGGACGAAAAAAAAGACAGACAAUGAAGAAUGAGAGAGGAAUGCAAAGAAAAAAACAAAGAAAAAAGAAAAAACAAAGGGGAAAAAAAAAAAAAAAAAAAGAAGAAAGAGAAAUUAAACAUGACCGAAAAGAGUAAAAUGCAGAAAGCAAGAAAAAUGGAAAAGGCAGCAAAGAAAAAGAGAGAACAAAUAAAGGAUUACUAGGAAAGAAAGAGGUAGAUAUAAAGCAAAAAAGGCAAGCAGGACAGCACGACACAGCAGAAAUCACACCCAUGGUGGGGCGGAGGCGCUGGCGCUGUGCGGAGCGUGUGGGGCGGCGGAGCAGCGCACGGUGUCGCUGCAGGCUCAGGAACGGCGUGCGGGCGGCUCCGCCCCGGUGCGGCGGAGAGCCCGGCUGUGAGCGCGGGGGGGCGGCGCGGGCCGGGCAGCAGAGCCGCUGCGUGCGGGCGGCGGCGGGAGCCGUGCGGGGCCCGUGCCGGGGCCGGCACCAACAGCGGCCACAGCGGCCACAGCGGCAGCGAUGGGCUCGCGUUGGUGUGCGGCGCUGCUGCGGGUGCUGGUGCUGCAGGCGGCCUGGGCGCUGGCGGGCGGGCAGGUGCGGUACUCGGUGGCGGAGGAAGCCAAGGCCGGCACGGUGGUGGGCCGUCUUUCGCAGGACCUGGGGCUGGAGGCGGGCGAGGCGGAGGCGCGGCGGCUGCGGCUGGUGGCGCAGGGCCGGCGGGCGAGCGUGGAGCUGAGCGGGGCGAGCGGCGCGCUGCUGGUGAGCUCGCGGCUCGACCGGGAGGAGCUGUGCGGCAAGAGCGCGCCGUGCGCGCUGCGCCUGGAGGUGCUGCUGGAGCGGCCGCUGCGCGUCUUCCAUGUGGAGCUGGAGGUCACCGACAUCAACGACAAUGCCCCCAUCUUCCCCGCCGCACGAAAAAACCUCAGCAUCGCGGAAUUCACCACCCUGCCGGGGUCUCGUUUCCCGCUGGAGGGCGCAUCGGACGCGGAUAUCGGAGCGAACGCGCAGCUCUCCUACACACUCAGCCCCAGCGAGCAUUUCGCUCUGGAUUUACAAAAAUCGAAUGAGCGAAAUCUUGUACCCGAACUUGUUUUAACGAAAUCUCUGGACCGCGAGACGAUUCCCAUUCACCGGCUGGUGCUGACGGCGAGUGACGGGGGCCGGCCGUCCCUGACGGGCACCAUGGAACUGGUGAUCUCUGUUUUGGAUGUUAAUGAUAAUCCGCCCCAAUGCAACCAGUCCGUGUAUAAAGUGCAGCUGCCGGAGAACGCUACAGAGGGGACGCUCAUAAUGCGUGUCAAUGCCAUGGAUCCGGACGAAGGAAGUAAUAGCGAAGUGACAUUUACCGCGACCAGCUUUAUUCCCCCGAGUGGACGAGAUGUGAUUUCUGUCAAUCCCAAGACAGGGGAGAUUCACCUCACAGCAGCCCUGGACUUCGAAGAAGUCAGUGUAUUUGAUUUUCGUAUUGAGGCCAGAGACCAUGGGACACCUCCAUUGUCGGGUCACUGCAGCGUGGAGCUGGAGGUGCUGGACGUGAACGACAACGCGCCCGAGGUGCGGGUGACGUCGCUGUCGGUGCCGGUGGCGGAGGACGCGGCGGUGGGGACGGUGGUGGCGGUGCUGAGCGUGUCGGACCGGGACUCGGGGGCGAACGGGCGCGUGCGGUGCUGGGUGUGGCCGGCGUCGCCGUUCGGUGUGGAGGCGACGUUCUCGGGCUCGUACUCGCUGGUGCUGCGCGAGGCGCUGGACCGGGAGCGGGUGUCGGAGUACGAGGUGGAGGUGCGUGCGGAGGACGGCGGGGCGCCGGCGCUGCGCGCCAGCCGCGGGCUGCGGGUGCCCGUGUCGGACGUGAACGACAACGCGCCGGCGUUCGCGCAGGCCGUGUACACGGUGCUGGCGCGGGAGAACAACGCGGCGGGCGCCGAGCUGGCGCGACUGUGGGCGCGGGACCCGGACGAGGCGGGCAACGGGCGCGUCAGCUACUCGCUGUGGGAGGGCGGCGCGGGCGCGCUGUCGUCGCCGUCGUCGUGGUCGGGGGCGGCGGGCGGCGGGUGGCGGCCGGCGUCGAGCUACGUGUCGGUGGACGCGGAGAGCGGGCGCGUGUGGGCGCUGCAGCCCUUGGACUACGAGGAGCUGCAGGUGCUGCAGUUCGAGGUGCGCGCGGUGGACGCGGGCGAGCCGCCGCUGAGCGGCAACGCCACGGUGCAGCUGUUCGUGCUGGACGAGAACGACAACGCGCCGGCGCUGCUGCCGCCGCCCGCGGCCUCGGCGGCCGAGGCGGGCGGCGCGGCGGCCGAGGCGACGGCGGCGGGCUGGGGCUCGGGCACGCUGUGGGCGUGGGCGGCGUGGGGGGCGCCGGCGGGCCAGGUGGUGGCCAAGAUCCGCGCCGUGGACGCCGACUCGGGCUACAACGCGUGGCUGCGCUACGAGCUGCGGGAGGCGCGGCCCAAGGGCCCGUUCCGCGUGGGGCUCUACAGCGGCGAGGUGAGCACGGCGCGGCCGCUGGACGAGGCGGACGGCGCUCGCCACACGCUGCUCAUCGUGGUGCGCGACCACGGCGAGCCGGCGCGCUCGGCCACGGCCACGCUCAGCGUGUCGCUGCUGGAGGCGGCCGAGGCGGCGCUGGCCGCGGCCGCGGGAUCGUCGUCGUCGUCGUCGCCGUGGCGGGCGGCGCCGGGCGCCGAGACGGGGCCCAGCGGAGCGAGUGCGGCCACCAACGUGUGGCUGGUGGUGGCCAUCUGCGCCGUGUCGAGCCUGUUCCUGCUGGCCGUGGUGCUGUACGCGGCGGCGCGCUGGGCGCCGCGGGCGGCCGUGCUGUCGGCGCCCGGGCCCACCACGCUGGUGUGCGCCAGCGAAGUGGGCAGCUGGUCGUACUCGCAGCGCCACAGCCGCAGCCUGUGCGUGGCGGACGGCGCGGCCAAGAGCGACCUCAUGGUUUUCAGCCCCAACUUCCCUCCGCCGCCGCCCGGCGCCGCGCCCAAGGACCCGCAGCCGGAGCCCUCCGCUCUCCCCCACACGGUCAGUGCCAAUCCCUUGCUCGCCUUUUCUCUUUCUCUCCCCCCUCUGCCGAGUCUCCCCCGCCCCCUUUGCAGUUCCUGCUUGUACGGUGGCUCCGCCCCCGCGGCCUGAGGGCAGCGUAAUUUUGGCUGGAUCUUAGAAAUCGUAUCGGCAUCCUUGUAUCUGCCGCAGCGCCCUUGCCGGACCCUCCCAGCUGUUCCUGA